GGCGACGCGAACAAACCAUGAAAAUGAGCGUCAAGCGUCAGCGUGAAAAGGCACCUUUAUGUUUUUCCACCAUGGUUGAAAUGUAAAUGGCGUCUGCUAGCAUUAGCUUUAUUGCGCAUGUAUCGGUGUAUCUGAUGUAUCUCUCAACUCAACAGUCUUCUAUGGUUUUAUGCAAAAUUUGGCGAUCUCCGGUCCGCUCCUUCGGCUCGAGCUCGAGCCGCUUGGCUCACUUGGCUCGAGUACUCUUUUCUUGGGUGUUUCGAGUUCGAGAUAGUUUUGAUUUUCUCAGCCUCAUAGAAUUCACAGAAAUUGCGGUUACGCGAACCGUUCUCGUACAUAAUAUCAGUGGCGACAGACUAUAUGGAAAAUAGAGGUACAAGAAACACGAUAUAAAAAGGCAAUUAUUUACAAAAUUAAAAUCAACAAUGGAUGAUACUUUAGAAAUUGAUUAUGCUGAAAUGCUUCAUCACAUAAGCGUAGUUGUAUCGGAAGAUUGCCAACGUACGCCUUUGGAAAUGAUAGAUGGUGUGCCAAUACGAAAAUUGUUUGUCAGUAAUUUGGCUGAAAGGACAACUUUCAAGGACUUGCGCAAUUACUUUUCUACAUAUGGAAACGUCGAAAGUUGUUAUUUACGUAGAAAUCAAGGGAAAAGUAACUAUGCAUUUGUCACGUUUACUAAAGUGACAGAUGCAGUAACAGCAAUGCAAGACGGUAGUAGAAAACAAAUAAGAUUGCACAAUCGAGAUUUAAGGGUGAUGGCUGCUGAUUCUUGGCAUCAACCUGACAGUAUGGAACAGAGGUUGUACAAUAUGGGAAAAGAGUCAAAUAAAAAUAGCGAAAGAAAAGUCACCACGGAACAAUACGUUCCUAAGUAUUUGCAAAAUGAUAGCGAAAAUGUAUCGAUUCAUAUGCUGAAUGACGAUUGUCUGAGACAUAUCUUUCUAUUUUUGCCAAUUGUAGACAGAGUCCGUAUAGAGUUAGUUUGCAAACGCUGGCGAGAUUUAAGCCAAGAUUCCUGGCACAUGACCAAAACAUUGGAUCUCUCACCAUCUACAUGGGGUUUCUUAUACACACAUACCAUCCAUACAGCAUUGCUGCGUAAAAUAUUGCUAAAAUGUGGCAGAUUUUUAACACAAAUCAACUUAAAUAAUCCAAUUCAUUGUUUAAGUCAAAGCACUUUGACUAUUAUUGGAAAACUUUGCCCUAAUCUUACAAAUAUUGAUGUUACCGCACUGACAGUUUGCGCGUCAGGUAUACGUACAUUAGCAAAUAACUGUAGAAAUAUAACCAAGUUCAAUUUAGGCCCAUCCACAUACUGUUGUGAUAAUGAGUUAAAGUGUCUCUUUAAGCUAAAUCAAAACUUGGAAUAUCUUGCGAUAAGCAAAAAUGGAAUUUUGGGAAAAUCUUUGUUAUGCUUACCAGAGAAAACUAUUCAUACAGUUAUAUUAGACAACUGCAACUAUCUUCAGGACAAUCAUCUCUCGAUGGCAUUAAGAAAACUCGAAAAUUUAAAACAUCUUACGAUAAACGAAUGUGUCGGCAUAGCUAAACACACGUUGGAAGUUGUCGGUCAGCAUUGCAAGAAUCUAAGAACAUUGGAGCUUGAUGGUGACUUUCCCUCCGCACAAACUGCAGAUAUGUCAUAUUUAAUUCAUCUCGUUAAUCUGCAAGUUUUAAAAAUCACAUACAACCCCAAAGUAUCGGAUGAUUUCCUUACUGACUUGGUACAACAUUGUCAGCAGCUUAUCAACAUAGACAUUACAGGUUGCGACAACGUGACUGACGCUGGGUUAGCUGCUAUCGCUACGUUAGAAAAGCUAGAAAAAUUAAUUGUUAGUUAUAUGUAUCAAAUUACCGACGAAGGUUUAAAAAACAUGUGUGGCUUAAGAGAAUUGGAAUGCCGAGGAUGUCUAUUUAGUGAUCGGGGCGUGACAAUGCUCAUCAAGUCUUCGCCCCAAUUACAAUUGUUGGAUCUUUCCGGAUGUAGGAAUAUUAAAGACACCACUCUCGAGGUUGCCAAGGAUGCUUGCAACACUCGAGCGAAUAACGUCAUGUUGAAGAUGAUCGUGGGAGGCACAGCAAUUCUCGCAAAGAAAGAAAUAGGCCAAGAAAGACUACCACCGCUAUUGCACAUAGUGAACGUUGACUUGUCCGAUUUUAGUAGUGUAUCUAAUAUGUAUCUCGUGGACGAUCUGGAUUCUUGGUACGAUGGAAAUUCAGAUUAUACAGAAUAUUCCGAUUAUAUAGAAUAUUCAGACUAUACGGAAUAUUCGGAAGAUGAUUAUAGAGAACCUAACGAAUUAGAUAAUUAUUUGUAUAACGAUUUAGAUUCUUAAGAUUAUAUCUGUAUCAUAAUUUUCCAUGGUUUUAUAGUACUGAUUUUUUCUAUUCUCUAUUAUAACCUUAUGAUCAUUGAGGUUCCUAAGAAUUCACACAUCUCAUUACGUACCGAUUGGCUCUACAGAUACUUAUUUCCUUGUAUACAAUGCUACUAUCAAAUGAUGAACACGAAACACACGCACGCACAAAAAAAUAUAUCUACACGUGUACAUGUUAUACAAAGUAUUAUGUGAUUAUUAAGUGCAAUAAAAUUAAGUUCAGCAAAUGUAAAUUCACCUAUAUUUAUGAUACACCAAUUAUGAUCGUACGUACCUGGAUGUGUUUUAUCAGGCAACGUUCUAUUUUCUUCCCUCUUUCAAUAACGUUUACAUACGCCUGCAUUCGGGUUUUCAGAUAUCGAGCAUAGAAUUACAACAUCGAUGAUUUUAUUGUAUUUAUAAUUAAUAACGUUUAGACAAUGAAUCGAUACAACUGCAAUUAUUAUGCACAUAUAUUCAACAAGGAAUGUGCACAUAUUUUAAUAAGUGCUAUAGGAAUUACGAACUUUGCGCAAAAUUAUGAAUCAUUAUUUGAUAAAAUUGCUAAAUUAUAUUAGCAUUUUCAUAUACUGUAUGAUACGAUCUUUUCGUCAAGAUAUCUUUUAAUCCUGUCUGUGUGUGUGUGUGUGCGUGCGCACGUGUGUACACACACACACACACACACACACACACAUACAUACAUACAUACAUACACAUACAUACACUCAUAGAUAAUAUAUUGUCUUCCUAUAUCAUAUAGAUAAUAGAAACCAUUUUACAACAAUGUAUGCAUUAUAUGCGUUUGUCCUUACUAUUAAAAUUAUUGUGUUGCCGUUGAUCGUGAUAUAAACGUAACAUGAUUUUAAUUCUUGAGCGUCUUACGCUCUCACAUACACACAUGGAGAAGUAUCUCACACGGUACAUAAGUAUUAUGAUACACUCGUAAUACUCGUCUUCAAUCCAGUGAUUUUUAAGCCAACUUGUAGACAAUUAUAUCCAAUAUAAGAGUCUAAUUUGUAGUAGAUUACAUCUACAAAAUAUAUUCAGCAUAAGACAUUGUAACGAAUGACAAAUCGAUCGUAAUAUUUUCGUGAUUUAGUUUUUAUUCGCAAUCUAUUCGUGUUUCCUUACGAUUCUAUUGCACUGGUUAUGUACUUUCGCUACCGAUGUAAUGUGUUCAGUCCGUCAACUUUUAUAUCAGUAACAAUGUAAUCAUUGGUUAAGUGCUGCAUGAUUAAAUGUCUGUUUAAAUAUGCGAAAAAUUGCAUUAAUGUACAUUUAAUGGGGCAUAUGAGAAGAUAGAAUAUGAAAGAUGACGAGGCAAUGUUGAAAUAAAAAGUAUUUCAAUCAGCAUUUAAAUUUUAAUUUUUCAAUUAACGAUGAAUUUCAAGUUGGCCAACAACCGUAAAAUAGCAAGACGUUUUUUAAAUACAUUUAUAAAAAUUGUACAAUAAGAUCCGACAUGCAAUUGGACGCACAAAAGUCAAUCUUUGUUGGGUGAUGUGUUUGUGUGUGUGUGUGCGUGCGCGUGCGCGCACACAGCACGUAUGAACACACACACACACACAAACAUUUGGAUCAUUGGAUUCAUCGAUAGAUAAUAAUAAUAAAUGAGAAAACAUGUAUAUUUUUACUACUAUUUAUCAACAAAAUGAAAAUGUGAGAUACUUCACUUUAUUUCUAUCAUGUUUUUAUAUGUAUAAAUUAAUGUAAAAUACCAAUAAUAAAUCCAGUCUUCAUUGCAUAUUUAGCACUAGAAAGAAAUAAAAAAUAUCACCCACUGCACGCACAUAUAUUUUGCAGCAAAGAAUUUGUAAUAUUCUAAAUUCUAUCGAGUAUGUAAAUAGUUCAAAUUGUAUUACCAAAUACUUGAUUAUAAUGCAAAUGUAAUGCGAUUAUGUGUGAAAAAUUAGACAAGUUUUCUUUUAUUUUGUACGUUUGCCAAUGUUUCGAAGAAUCCAUUA